AUUCCUCAUUGAUUAAUCAUUGUUUGCGGAGACUACAGAAUGAUAGACGCGAGGUCGUAUGCAAAGUCUAUUCGUCGAGAAUAUAAAAGCCGAGGAUAUCAGUGGUCUUUGUCCAAAAGAAAAAAGACUUGAACCAAGUUGAACUAUAUCAUGUCGCGAUUCGUAGUAUUAGCAUUGGCGAUAGUUGUUGCUGUGUUUAUUUGUCAGACAGCGGCUCAAGAUCAGCAAAAAUGUCCAGUGAAUGAAAUUUGGUCACGCUGUGCUAGAAGUUGCGAGGGAACUUGUGCUAGACCCAUAGAAUGUUUACCCAAUUGCUUAGAAGGAAGUCCUGGUGGCUGUCGUUGUCAGUCGGGAUACGUGAGAAAUCUGAAGAACGAUCAGUGUGUAUUACAACAGGAUUGUUAAUACCAUUACAAGGAUUGUUAAUGCAAUAAAGAAUAUUUUGUCAUCUGAA